GAAAAACUUAUAAAACUUGUGCUAAUUGUCUUAUUAAUAAAGCCGAAAAACGAAAAAAAUUAGAUACUAAUAAUACUCAACCUAUUAUGGAGACAAUUUCAACACAAUUCCUUUGUAAUUAUAUAGAAAACUUAAUCUCCAAUGUUGAAAAUAAUAAUGGGAUUUCGUUUGAAAUUCGUAUCGAUCUUAAUGAUGAUAUUUUUUCAGAAGUUGAGCCUAAUGACCUUAAAUCAAUUGUAAGAAUAAUAGUAGAUGAAGUUGAAGAGGGCGAUGAUUAUCGUGAAUAUAAGCAAUCAAAUCGAAAAAGAAUUGCUCGAUUUGAUUGUCAUGGUAAAUUAACCCUUCAUGUCGAUGCACCUGCGAUGGAAGCUAUAUUAAAACUUCGCCAUGAUAUUAUUCAUGAAAAACCUGAAGAUGUCUCAACACCAGAAGAAAUUAAACAAGAGAUCCGUACCAACCUUCAUUUAGAUCCAAUACAAAUUCAAGCCGCUGCUGAGUUUAGUUUCAUUAACCCAAAGUUUAAACCAGAAUUGAAUCGUUCUGACCCUGAUUAUUACCAA